AUGAAGACACAAAAGCAAAGCCAACCGAGAAUGAAGCAAUCCCAGUUUCAGACAAUCCUUAUCGGUCUACUAAUAUGCAGCUCGAUUGUAUUGCUGACCGUUGAAGCAUCCAUACUUUUUGUGAUUCAAGAUUCAGAAGAGCAAAAGGCAGAGAAAGAUCAAAACUUUUUCCAGAAAUUGUUUCGUCGUCAGAAAAAGACAGGUUCCAAUCCGCAACGACAUUUGGGAAGCACUCAAGGCUCAAAGGAUAUUCCACCUGAACAAGAAAUCCUUGAUCAAUCAGAUGAAUCCGAAAGUAUCAAGAAUGACACUAUAUCUGGUUUGAUCGAUGAACUUGGUGAAAAAGCAGCUUCUUUCUUGAAAGAAAAGGUCUUUGGACAGACCUCUGUACAAGAGUUGGAGAAAGCUCCAGGAUUUUUGACUCUCUUUUCAGGGAACAACGAUGGAGCUACCACUGGACGAAAAGAUGAGAACUGGUAUAAAAAUCUUUUCGUUGACCUGUUUCCACCGGAUGGAAAUCAAGAUAAGGCUGGAAACACUGAAAAGAAAGACAAAAUCAGUGGUCCGAUGAAAGCCCUUAAUAACUUCCGUGAUCGGGGAAAGAAUAAUUUUGUUGUGCAAGAACUUCUUCAGAAAACAACUCUCUUGGAACAGAAUGCUGUCACUUCGUCGAUUCCAGAAGUUCUUGGCCUAUUGAAGGAGGCUGUGGACAAUGCUAUUAACCAAAUGACCAAGACAUUCGAAAAAGUCUUAUCUUCAGUAGGCCCAACAACCACAAUUGCCUUGAUUUACUACAUAGCGAAUCAAGAAGAAAGUUACACUCCCUCGUGGAAACGCCAACAGCAUAGAUUCUAUGCGAAGAUCACGCCACAAGUUGCAAUAGAAUUGCACGAUGCCCUCUACCUAUCUCAGUUGGCAUAUGUCAAUAGCAUAUCUGAGUUUCGGGCAGGGCUUCACGAUUUUCAACAUGGAACUUGGGAGUUGGCUUAUGGAAGUACUGAAUCGCUGCCUGCCAAACCUGCAAAUUUCCUUCUAGUUCACAAGAAUCCAGCACCCUUGCAUGAUGCGUACUUCGAAUCUGUAUUGCCAUGGGAGUCAAAGAAGGGAAACGAGUUACAAGUCGCCCUGGUCGUUCGAGGAACAAAGAACCUUCCUGAUAUCCUCGCUGAUAUGACACUAGAUCUUGAGGACUAUCGAGGUGGAAAGGCCCAUGGAGGUAUCUUGAUUAGUGGUAGGGCCCUCGUUGACUUUUAUGCUCCAAAACUCAAAGAAUUGUUGAAGCACUCUGGAAGGGACGUUAUCCGACUGUAUAUUGUGGGCCACAGUUUGGGUGCAGGAGCUGGAGCGAUUGCAGCUAUGGAAUUUAAAGAGUACGACUUUGUCGAGGUCGAAGCGGUCGGUUUUGGCUGCCCAGCUCUGUUAUCGCCUGAACUAUCGGAGACCACCAAAGACUACAUCACAACAGUGGUUGCCGACGCGGAUGUUGUCCCACGAAUGAGCGGAGCAUCAAUGGUGAAUGCGAUACUCGAUUUGAUUGGAUUCAACUGGACAACGAUGGCAAGGGAAGAUUUUAAGUUCACAAUGGACCGAAUCGAAGAGACGACCCCCGUUGCAAAUAUCAAACCUAUAUUGCCACCAAAAAGUCAUGUGCUGAAAUGGUCAGAGGAGAUUUUGAACUACACAGCGACCGAAAAAUUUGACCGAGUACCCAUCUCAUUGAUACCUCCAGGCAAUUGCAUCCAUUUAUUCCGAGAUGGAGUAGGGUAUACUGGAUCAGUGACACCCUGCAGCUACUUCGCAAACGGCGUUGAAAUUUCGAGAACGAUGGUAGAUGACCACUUGGUUAUGCCAGGAUAUCAUCGUGCACUUGUCACUAUGAUGCGAGAUUGGAACCAAGAUUUCAAUGUAAGCAUGAUGAAUACUCAGUUGUUGUCUUGGCAUGAUUCUAACUAUGGCCCUCUUUUGUCUCAAAGUUUGACUUCACCCACCCGAUCGCAAAAAUUCCGUGCUAGUACUGGUUGUCAUACCAUGAGCGAAGUCUUCGAUACUUUAUUUGCGUACCUUUGUGGUACAUCUGCAUACCAUGCUGAGAUUCGCACCUUCGGAAUGGCGCUCCAAGGUGCCAUUGCAGUCAGAAAAGGGCCAAAUAAAGAUGGGAAGAUGCAUUUUUUCCACGCCUUUGCCAUGACAACAAUCGCUGCCUUCGCCGGGGGCUGGUUCACUGGGCUUUGGAUGGGAAAACCAACAUCUAUGAUUGCCAGUGGAGACGUCAAUGUCACAUUAGCUAUGAUUGCGUUCAUCAUUGUGAACUACACACCCUUCGAUAUCGGAUACAAGAUUAUGACUUCCUUGCCCGCCACUCUUGUGAUAACAUCCAUGGCACAGAUGUUUCGUAGUAUGGGAACGAUUGGAUUCAUCUCUGUUGCUGCCAACGAAUUGAAACCUUCGAAAUACUACCCAACAGCGAUUAUUGGCCCGAUCUUGUACGGAGCUCUCCUUGGAAACAUGGGAGGGUUUUUUAAAAGUGGAGUGGAGGGUUAUCUCGCGAACGGGAUCCCUUGGCCAUUCCAAAACGCCUUUUUUAUUGGAACCUGGUUUCACUUGUUUGUUCAUGAUGUCGAGGGACCAAUCGGAUCGACAUUGAGGGAAACCGUGUACACGUUCGUCGAUCCACGAACGCUUGGGCUUCCGGAUAUGGACAAUAGAGCGUUUGGAAUUUUGGUGAUGAAUGUAUUUAUGCAAGUGACAGGAAUCAUAAUGCUGCCCAUAUUCUUGGGACCUGCCUUCAGCCCCAUCGCCGCACCAAUGAUUUGGAUUGUGGAUUUUGUCAAAAGUACUGCGGGAGAAGAGCCUACCGUCACCGGGAAGUCCCUUUCGCCUCCAGCAGCAGCCGAAGUAGCGAUGGAGAAGAGAAAGAAACGGAAGAAAAAGAAGAAGAAGGCCUGA